AUGUCUUCUUCCUCCCAUGCCAGAGUAACGUCACGUUCUGAGCGGAGGACGACCAACGACAAUGGAAGUGCUCAACCCCGCCCCCCGUCUGGGCUCCAGGGUGGAAGUAGAAACGAAAGACCAGAUCCCCGGCGACAGCAAUCGGCUGAACCUCAGUCGCAACCUCCUGUCCCUGGAGCAGCACAUAAAAGAGCGGCGUCAGGCACGCAGCGAACCCAUCGCGGGGUUGAAGAAAGGCGUAUAGAAAGAGUGCAAGUUACAACGCGGGAGACACUGGCGACGAGGACGAGGAGCCCGGAACGCAGGCCUGGCCCUUCAGCGCAACCUUCAGAAAGGCAGAGGCCAAGUGAGCCCCCUCGACCAUAUUCUGGAGAUCCCCGGCCACGACCCGCCAAGGUAGAAGCACCUCAAGUGGAACCAUGGCUUCCAGAAGCAUCUCUAGUACCCCAUACUUCUGCACCGCUGGCGUCACGAAUAUCUAUACCGGCCCUCGCGUCUCAGGCACCUCAAUCCUUGCAGCCCACACCACUCCCUGAGUUAUCUUUAGAGGUUCAAGAAGCGGUAAUGCUGGAAGAUAUAUUGAUGGUUUUUAUGGGAUAUGAAGGGCAAUACAUACGGUUUGCAAGGAACUAUAAUCCUUCCGAGGAAAAGGACCGGCUUGCGGGACCUACUUUCAAGAUACUCCCGGGACUGGAUCCUAGUUUACAGGAUCUGACAACGACGAUGUUGAAAAUGGCGACCCACUACGGAGCUGUUGAAGCGUUUGUGGAAGUUCAGAGUCGUGAUGAAUUUGGGGCUGUAAAUCACGCUCUCUGCGCCGCGAUCCGGAAACUACUGCUGGAAUACUUGGUUUUGAUUGCUCAAUUAGAGACUCAAUUUCUCACAAAUCCUGGGUUCACGCUACAUGUUUUGAAUAUUCAUACCCUUCAAACCAGCCACAUGAUGUUCCAACUCUACUCCUUGGCUCACGAGAUAUUGAAACGAAAUUCGUUACUAGAGGAGGACCUCGAGGACUCUGACGAUGGCCUUGAUGAUAUCGAGAAUAUUUUAGAGAGUUUGCGGGAAGGUGGGGAUCUUGGCCCAGGCAAUAUCCCUGGGAAAAAGAUCUGUAAAGGGGGUAGCGUCCUGGGUUUAAUCACAAAGCGAUUGGAGACAAUGUCAGGAGAUCCUGCAGCUCGGUCGCUUCUCACGUCCCUAUUACGGGAUGCCAGCCGACCGUAUAUGACGAUGCUCAAUGAAUGGCUUCAUUAUGGAAGCAUCAAGGACCCUCAUGCUGAAUUUUUGAUCAGGGAGCAGAAGAGCAUCAAGCGUGAAAGGCUCGAGGAAGAUUACACCGAUGAAUACUGGGAAAGACGGUAUACAAUACGAGAACAUGAUGUUCCCCCACAACUCGAAGGUGUCAAAGAUAAGGUGUUGCUGGCUGGGAAGUACCUCAAUGUAGUGCGAGAGUGCGGCGGCGUUGAUGUGAGCAAAGCUGUGACCGAUGUUCCACGCUCAUUUGACGACAACAGAUUCUUGGAUAACGUCAACAGCGCGUAUGCGCAUGCUAACCAAUCGCUGCUAGAGCUUCUGCUUACCACGCAUGCUUUACCUGCACGAUUGAGGUCAUUAAAGCAUUACUUUUUUUUGGACCGGUCGGACUUCUUUACCUACUUCCUCGAGCUUGGUACUUCCGAGCUUUCGAAGCCAGUGAAAAAGGUCAAUACGGGCAAGCUACAGUCAUUACUUGACUUGGUGUUGCGACAGCCCGGCAGUGUCGCGGCCCAAGACCCGUUCAAGGAAGAUAUCAAGGUUGAGAUGAAUGAGAUAAGUUUGACACACUCGUUGACACGCGUGGUCAAUAUUUCUGGGAUUGAGCAGGGUGAAUCCCUUCAAACUCCAGUUUCCCAGCCAAUUAAUGAACCCGACGCUUCAGCUAUUGGCUUCACUUCUUUACAACUAGAUUAUUCGGUCCCGUUUCCGGUGUCACUAGUCGUUAGUCGAAAGACUGUCUGGAGGUACCAGGCCUUAUUUCGAUACCUUUUAUCUUUACGAUACCUUGAGCAACAACUGGUGUCAUGUUGGCAAACCCACAAUCGAGUAGCUAGUUGGUCUCACAAAAGCUCAAAUCGAGAUGUGGAGAUGUGGAAACGACGCGUUUUCACCUUACGUGCAAGGAUGCUGGUUUUCGUGCAGCAACUCCUGUAUUUUUGCACCGCAGAAGUCAUCGAGCCCAAUUGGCAGGCGUUGAUGGCCAAGGUCAAAACUAAGGAGGAUAGUAAGGGCGGUAUAUCUUCCGUUCGAACAGUUGAUGAGCUGAUGCAAGACCACGUUGAUUUCCUUGAUACGUGCCUGAAGGAGUGCAUGCUUACAAAUAAAACACUUCUGAGGAUUCAUUCAAAAUUAAUGCAUACCUGCACCUUUUUCGCUACAUACACUAACUGGCUGUCACGGGAACUUGAAAAGAUUGAUCCGGACUUGACAGGCACCGAAAAACCAAGCAAUAUGAAUAAACAACAAUGGCAACGAUAUCAGGCGGAUCGAGGUCGACGUGGUGUCGAUUCAACGGCUUCCAAUUCAAAUCCGUCCGGUGGUGACCCGGUGCGGUUUGAGAAGAUGAGCGAGAAUAUGAAGAAGUAUGAAGAGAAUUUUAGCAAGAACCUUCGGAUAUUGCUUGAUGCACUGAACCAUUAUGCUGCGACCGAGACAGUGGUGCUGCUAGGGCUUUGUGCAAGGUUAAGCACAGCCAACCAAGGCACGCAGUACAGCGGAAUGAGAACAGAGGAGGACGCGGGAGCUCAGGCACGAGAGUAA